AAUGACUGCGGCUUCUGCCACAGCUUCAUGACGUUGUAGCAACGGUUGUCGAGGAGCUUUUGCUAUCUUGUUGCCGCCAGCUUCGUGGUUCAGCAGCGGUAACGCCCACUUGGGGAGGUUUAGCUCCGUUUUUUUUUUCUUCUUCUUUUUCUUUCGCGGAGGGACUGCUCCAUUCAUUGGGCUGGGCUGGGCUGGCAGGCGGGCGGGCGGCAGGCAACCAAAGCGCAGGAGCGGCAAGAGCAACAUCAGCGACGUCUAAUGAUGGUCUCUGAAUGAGAACGCCAGGCCACUUUAACCAGGCUUUCUCCGCCAGCCGUUUCUGACCUCGUCCGAUAGAUCCAGACCUAAAAGCCUCUGCUCAGGAAUGGAAUUCCAAUGUCUCCGUAGGAUACUGGAUGUCUAGAGCUCCUUUUUUUUCUUGCCGCGGAAAUACUAGACCGAUUUCCUACUCGCCUGUCUCUCGGCGCUGCUGCAGUCAGACACACCACUCCUCUCGGCCCAUUAACCGUCCGCACAUUUUAUUUUAUUGUAUUUUAUUUUUGAGACUAGGGUUCUAUCAAACUGGACACAUUGGGACCGUUUGCGUUAUCGCUCCACAGAAGAAGACGUGCCUGUGUGUGUUUUCGCUGCCUGUAUGAUGCCGACACAUCUGCGGAUCCGGAGAAGGUCAUUCCUUGGGCUUUUAUUCCUUUUUUCAUUGUCCACCUCGGCUUUGUACUUCAUCUACUCCGCCCCCGGAAUCGUGAAUGAGUAUUUGUUCGCGGUCCAAGCCAGAAGCAUUCAGAUCAGAAAAAACGUUAAAACCAUUGGGGCUCAGGUUUUAGAGCAAGUGGUGAGAGGGGCCUACAGCAUCAACGUCACAGAUUAUUCCUAUGACUUCAACUUCAGUGAGAGCGAUGCUCCUCCCACCGCAUACCUGCCCGAGGGUUUCACCUUCCUCCCCUCCCAGAUUUGCCCUGAGAGGCACUCCUCCAUGAAGGGGAGGUUGGAGGUGAACAUGAGUGAAGUCUCCCUGGAGGAGGUGGAAAGGUCCUUGCUGAAGCAUCAGUCCAGCAUAGCUCCAGGAGGCUACUGGAAGCCCAAAGACUGUUUACCUCGCUGGAAGGUGGCGAUCCUAGUCCCCUUCAGAAACCGACAUGAACACUUACCCAUCCUUCUAAGACACUUGGUGCCAGUGCUGCAGAAGCAGAGACUUCAGUUUGCCUUUUAUGUCAUAGAGCAGGAGGGUACAGAGCCAUUUAACAGAGCCAUGUUGUUUAACGUGGGCUUCAAGGAAGCUAUGAAAGACCUGGACUGGGACUGUCUGAUCUUCCAUGAUGUAGACCACCUCAUGGAGAAUGACAGAAACUACUACGGCUGCACAGACAUGCCACGGCACUUUGCAGUCAAACUCAACAAGUACUCUUACAUGCUUCCGUAUCAUGAGUUCUUUGGCGGUGUCAGUGGCCUGACGGUGAAGCAGUUCAAAAAGAUUAAUGGAUUUCCUAAUGCGUUCUGGGGUUGGGGAGGAGAGGACGAUGACCUCUGGAACAGGGUCCAGUUUGCUAAUUACACAGUAAGCAGACCGCAUGGAGAACAGGGACGCUACAUGUCCAUUCCACAUCACCAUCGUGGAGAAGUGCAGUUUCUUGGAAGGUAUAGCCUACUACGCCACUCUAAAGAGAGACAGAAAGUGGACGGUCUCAACAACUUAAACUACUCCCCCCUAAUCUCUAGAAGGCCUCUCUACACCAACAUCACAGUCAGCCUGAGCAGAAAGCUUGCACCGGUAGCUGACUACUGACGCAGACAGAGCUGGACUGCAAAACACCUGGGAAUCAAAGUCCUCUGGGACAUGAGCCAUAUCUCAUAGUUGCAGCACUGCUUAGAACUAUUUAGUUGUUUGUUUUUUUGUUUUUUUUUUCUUAGGCUUUGUUUUGAUGUUUUAUGUUGUUUGUAUACAGAAAAAAAAAAAGAUGAACGGAGACUCAAAUUUGUACGUUUGAUUAACCGUCUAAGAAAAUAGGGAUUAAUACUGCACUUCCGUGUGCCACCAUUCAUGACUCAUCUGUGCUUAUUUACACUUAGGUCUCCACAUGCCUUUUGCACCAUUUUGGCCUUCAGAAUCCAUAUCAUCCAGUUGCUUUUCUAACUGUGUCUAUGGCCAACGCUGCCCCCCAUACUGCUUGAUUAUAAAGAACGGCUAUGACAAACAUGCUCAUCUAAGGGCAUGUGCACGCCACGCACGCAUGCACGAGUAUGACUUACAUAUGCUGACAUGAUCCUAAGGCCUUGAUUUUUUUUUUCCCUCCUCUUGCACUUCUUAUUUCUGGAAUGCAGUGAACUUGUGAAAAAGAUUUGCAUGCAACCACACACCAACACAAAGCAACUUCAAAGUGCAGCAGGUUCUGCAUAAGGUAUGCCAAAUCUGCAAUUAAUAUAGUUUAAUAAGAGGAUAUAUGUAAGUAAAAUAGAUUAUUCUAAGUUGAAAGAAUGAGAAAUCCUGAUCUAUCUCUUCAUCCGCGUUUAGUUCUUUAAAUGUACCAUUGAAAGACUGUGAUGUUUGUGUUUGCAUAGAUGCACUGAAUGUUCUGGCUGUGUGUUGGAGUGCAAUGCUCAUCCUGUUAGCAAUAAGCUGCAAUAUAAGACAGCAGAAAUCAGCCCCGACUUCCUUACUGUACAGAUGCAAUAGCAUGGGUGCUAGCUUACCCCCUACUGGAUUACAAAGAAGGAGUGACUGCAUAUGCAAACUUCACAUUCAGCUUAACUUUGCCUAAGCAAAGUGCUGCCCUUUCCAGAAUUCAUUCGCGUCUCUGUGUUCCUUUGCGUGCAAGUGAGGGUCAGCUAUGCAAAUAGCCUGUGUGCAUCUCAUUGCCAGUGCGAGGUUAUGGUGGUGACCUGCAGGAGACUUUGUCUCUUAAUCUCCAACACUGAGUGCAGAUCUUUCUUGUGUGUGUCCAGCGUGCGAUUUAGUCCAGGGAGAGGAAACUGGCUGUACGUCUGUGUUUGUGUCUUUAAUGUUUACUCGUCUUUCAUUUUUACAGAGGAGAACGUGUGGUAGAAAUUACUUGAUUGCUGUCACUGGAGUUUACAAAAGCUUUUGCUUUAUUGUCAUUCAAUUUUUUUACGUUGUUUGAGCACAAAACGAUGUAGUGUUUGCAGUAGUGCUAGCCAGCCCUCCCCUGCUUGGUUCCUGUUUUUUUGUGUGUUUUAGGAGAUAAGCAGAUCAGUUAUCUGUUGGUGAAAACCUCAGAUCAGCUUUGUGAAGGCUUUGACUGGCAAGUUCCUCCUUUAAAAUAGCAAUCUUCACAGAAUUUUAUGUUGAGUGGUUUGCUGACUAACUUUUUUUGAUAUCCCAAAGCAACCUCUCCGAUUUGUGUAUUCUGCAGUGUUUAUUUUUUUUGACCAAAUGUUCCAAUAUUUAAAUGUAGUUACUACUAAAAAUUUCACGGAGACCCAGUCUCCACACUGUCAGUUCUCUGAUCAUGCAGCUAAUUCAUUUCACACAAAUCUUGUAUGCCUUGUAUUCAUUUCUUAAGAUGUAUCCUUUUGGAAGACAUUUAGCUGGUUAAAAAGAAAAUUGUUGUACUCCAACAAUGAAACAAGAGGAAACGAGGCUGGACCUCAUCCUAUUUAUUUGAUGGACUAAUUUUCUUUAUUGUUUUUCUUUUUUUUUUUUUUAGGUCUUGGAGUUGUUGUGAAGAAGUAUCAAACUUCUGUGUUAGAUGCACUGAAAUCUAGCUGUGUGUUUUUGUGUGGGAUUGUCAAGUCCGGUUCCGUCAAAACAUUGCAGUUCCGUUUCAUUCCGGCUCGAGUUUCUUCAUCAGGACUCAAGCAGACUGCUGCAAUAAAAUGGAACUGCACGUGAACGCUAGACCGCUGGUAGAAAUCUUCUGAGCAGACACUUGGGAGGAGGCCAUUUUGUGUGACAACCACAUGAAGAGCAAACAAAGAGUUAAGGAUGCUGGUUCUUUCUGUCUUGCACUGAUUGCCUCCAUCAUACUAACUGAUAAUCAGCGAUGCUGACCUUGCAGAGCUCCCACUGUGGGACCUGCUCUACAUGCUUAGCAGAGACAGUCUAACUUAAUAAAGGCUGAAACAUCCUUUAAAAAUAUUCAGCUCUUGCUUUUUAUAUCAUCUUUUUGAGUAUCAACUUACAGUUGAUAUGAAGUAUAAUGUAUUACAUCCAACUGACAGUUUGUUUGCUUCAUAGCCUGAUCAUCAAACAUCAUUUGUUCCAUCUUUGUGCAGCCCUCUGGGUGCACGCGCUCCUCUCCUGUCUUUUGGGAGGUGCUCGGUGGAAGUCCGAAUGUAGCAGCAUUCAUUUUCAUGUGUGUUCGAUUGAAAUGGCUGAACCUGUUUCAGAGGUCUAACUCUCCUCCAUCUAAACUUAAAAAGUUUUUGCAUUUUUACCCAUGCGUCCAAGAACAUUAUUUUAAUCUGGUUGUGAACAAAGAAAGGUUCUUUCUGUGGUUCCUGAAAGUCGCAUAACACACUGUAAGUUCUCUUUGGAAAAAGUUCAGUUGCUUUAAAUGAUGGCUUAAACAUAACUGUAACAGAAGCCAAAUGCUUUAGGUUUUAUGAGUUCCAAGAUGAAGAUUUUGACUGCAAGUGAUCCCUUUAUCCAAGUCGGUACUGGGCUCUGUGUUCAACAGAUAUUGAAUGAGUGGGCUCAUGAGCCCACAACACUUCAGCAAAGAUGCUCUUUCUGUCAGCACACUCUUUGGUUUUGAAUGAUUACAAUCAUUUUAGUUCAGUUUAGGAAAAGAGCAUGCUGGGAAAUCAUGCAUCCCAUCUCAAACCUGACCAAGAUUGCUGCUCAUAUUAAAAUCUCGCUUGUCCUGAUUGAUGGUGCGCCAGUUUAUAUGAAGGGACCAAUCUUUGGGCAUCUGACAAGACUGGCAGCCUUAACGCUUGUAAUUUAUUGCAGUGUUUUAUUUUUUAUUUUUAUUGUUUGUUUGUUGUUUUUUCAUUCAAGUUUUUAUUUUUUAUAAGCAAAAAGAUGUAAAUUGAGAUAAAAAAAGUGCAUAUCAACACAAAGAUCAUUGUAAAUAUUGUUGUUGUGUGUAGUGUUUUAGAAAUUCUAUAAGGUCUUAAAUCACUACAGAUGCUAGCAUAAAGAACAAGGCUUCUGAUGGGGUGGGGGGUGGGGGUAGCUCGGGGUUUAUCGUGUGCCAUUUGAGUGCUCGCGGAGCUUACACAAGAACAUCAAUGUUUUUACAUCACUGCUUCCAAGCACUUUUUUCGAAAUAAAAGGUCUUACCAUAUAAAUUUUAAAUUCCUCUCAUAGUCUCAGAGAUGUUUUAGAGUCCACGCCCCCUCCCCUCGUCCUCUGUUCCUAACAUACGGCUGCAGCAGAGAGAACUCAUAUGUCAGAUCCAUUUUCAGAUUCCAUAGGAAGUUCAGUUUUCUUGAGUCCAGAUGGCUCGUCUCUUUAGCCGGGAGGUGGGGAGGAUGACACUAGAAAAACACUGCAAAGCAACAGCCAAAAUGAACUUUACUUCAUUAUCAGGAAACGCCCACACCCAAACCAGUGAUACAGCCCACUCCCACAUCCUCCAACUAUUUUUCAUAGAAGAAAAGAGGGGUAGAGGUAACUAAAUUCAAAAUAUAUAUAAUUAUACUUUCUCUGAUUGUAAGGAGAGGCAUUCUCCUUGAUUGAAGCCAUUUGAAGCCACUUGUCAAAACUUGAUGUCAGCCUUAUGUGGAUCUGUUUGCGUAUCAGCCUAUCAUCUUUUGAUUAUUAAAAUUUGUAUGAUGGGCAUUUUCUUUUAUACCAUCAUUGUUAUUGUCAGAGUACUCCAAUAAAAUGAAACUUGUAAACAUGGA